AUUGCUUUCAAUGAAAACUUCAGAAAGCCAAGUUCCUUAGCAAAUCUGUAAACAGUAAUGGACGCCAGGUUUAGAUUUUGAAAGAUAAAAUAGUUAGUUUUAAAACGACACAAUUAACAUACAUCCCAGAAAUAAUGCCUGGAGAAAGAUUGUAUGGGGCUGCAGGGGAGCCACAGAAUACCACAGUACUAAUGGAAACCAUCUAUAAGUUAAAACAAGAAAUCCAGAAAAGCAAUGCAGAGAAACAGGCUCUCGCAGAACAACUCAACUGUCUUAUUCUCUUGGUUAAAAGAUCUUGGGAUGGGGAUCACAAUGCCACCCUUCACUUAGGAAAUAUUGUUGGGGUUUCACCACCUAAUUUUCAUCAUUCACCUAGCUCAGACAGAAUUGUUACAAACACACCAGUUCCUGAAAAUGUCAAGAGCAAUGCCGUUCAGCUUUGGGAACGGUUAGCCAUUAAACUUCUGGAGCAAGAUAACAUGAGACUCCAACACGAAAUUCAGCAGCGACAACAACUUUAUAUUGAAAGAAGACAGAUGUACAUGGACGAACUUCUAGAAACGCAUCAAAAAGAAAUGUCACAACUUCCUGCCACUCGCAACAAGAAAAGUUUAGAGGAAGUAGACAGAAAGUUCAUGAAAACUUACAAUAAGAACUCGAACUUAAAUAGACCAGGGAGUGGAACUCGUACAACUCAGCAGAGAGCUAAGAGUGCUGUUACAAGGACGAGAAAGGACAGUACAAACGGUGUGGAGUUGACUAUUAACGAUAUCCUUCACCCCGAGCAUGCUCAUCUCAGACAAGAGACUAACAGUGCAUUUUCUGGACUUUACAAACUGGACAAAGAAAGUAACAAGGACCAGUUUUACAGUAGACUGGAGUAUGAUGACCCAAACAGAUAUAAACCAGCUGUCUCUCUCUUUGAUCUUGAUACUGUGUUUGGGCCAGACAAUCACAACUCGGAUGCAAAGCGACCAAUCAGUGCCUUCCUUCCAAAUGGCAUGGAGAGACAGAAACCGAGACCAAAAAGUGCAGGAGUGUUUCUCACACAAAAACAUGAAAGACAGAUAAAGUUUGACACAACAAGACCAGUGUCAGGAAAACCAUCUAAAGGAAAAGCAAACCAGAGAAAGAAGUCUGCUGGACCAACAAAUAUCAGUAAUGAACCGGUUCCGAGAGAGGAGGAUGCUAUAAUCCACAUGCCCUCUGAGAUGACAGAUAAUUCUGUGAGUGACAGUGUCAGUCAACAGCUAGAGGAGUCAGACGAGGAGCAGCAACCAAUCAGAGUCAAGAUGAAUACGCAUAAAAAACGCCCACAACAUGUGGAUAAAUUCUGUAAUGAACUCAAAGACAUGGAAGAGAUGGAAAAGGAAUUUAGGAAGAACACUAUUGCUUUGCAGAAGCAGUUGGGUAUAGGGGAUACAGGGAUGGUUUUUUAAUUUGAUUGUUUUGAUGUACAUAUUGUUGUCAUUCAUUAUGUCAUAAUUUUUACUGCCUUUUAAAGAAACUGCUGUCAAAAAACAAGAUGUGGAUGUUUAUUUGUCAACAGGAUAUUGGUAUUUGGUUGUAUGUAGAUGUAGACUGUGUUAAGUGAUGUUUAAUUUCUUUUUUGUGGCUGCAUUUUUCCUUAACCAAAUUGUACACUGACUUUUUUUUCAGAUGCUUUUAACUUGUAAGCAUUUACUGCCAUGGACAAAGAAUAGAUGUAACAAUGAAUUUAAAAGCCAACAAAAUAAUAUUGGAAAUGCAUUUGACAAUGUAUACAUACUGUAUUUUCUUUUGUUUUUCAUUAUUUUGUUCUUAUCAACUUUUAUUUUACCCUUGAGAUGUGCUAUAACAAUUGUAAACU